AUGUCAGUUCUACCACGUGGAUAUGAGUCCUUUAGGCCGUCUCCUAGAUACGGCUGCGUGAAAGGAGAAUACAGCAUCUACUACAAAAGACCACGCUACGGGCAGCCCAGGCCUCAGCCUUUCCAAAAAGAAGUAGCGCCUUAUCUCUGUGGCGAACCUAGCAAUGCUCCUCAAGAACGGCCGUGCUGCUACGACUACCCCUGCAAAGCGCAUUGCUUCAACCACGGCGCGUGUACUCGACCGUCCGGAAAAUACGCCCGUACGGUGUGGUACCCUGGCGAGUGCUGCCCCGCGGUGCCGCCCUGCCAAGCCUUCACCUGCCCCAACCCGCCCUACCAUCCCUGCUGUUAUUACUCCUGCAACAAACUCGUUUAG